CGCGACCUCAAGGUGGCUUUUCUGGCCGACCAGGGCAUCGGAAAGCAUCCAGAGCAGGUGCUUGAGAUGAUCAAGGAUUGGGGCGCCGACGCCAUUGUGCAAAUCGGCGACAACGACUACCAUGACGACCCGCCCGCCUUCAUGGAAAUGUACGAGUCGGUCUUUGGCAAGCACAUUCCCAUAUUCAGCGUCGUCGGCAACCACGACAUUGCUGCUUGGUACAAGAAAAAGGGCUACCGCAAGCUGUUUCUCGACAACCUCGACCGCAACCGCCUGACCGACAGCUGUUACGGCGAAUAUGGCAUCAACAUGGUUUGCGUCUGGAAUGGCAUGGUCUUUGUUCUCUCGGGUGUCGGUACUCUUGGCACCGAGCACGCCCGAUUCCUCGAUGCGGUCCUUAGCUACUACGAGGACGUGCCAUGGAAGUUUUGUGUUUGGCACAAGAACCAGAAUGCAUACCAGACUGGCGACAAGACCGACGAGGUUGGCUAUGAGGUCUAUGACAUCUGUCGACAGCACGGCGCCAUCAUCGCCACGAGUCACGAGCACUCCUAUGAGCGAACCUACAUCAUGUCCGAUUUCGAAAACAAAAUGAUCUCCAGCGUCAAGCCACUCCUGCGUGUCCGACCCGGCCGUAGCUUCGCCUUUGUCUCGGGCUUGGGUGGCGAGUCCAUUCGCCCCUGGUACAACGGAAACAAUCUCAAUCCUUGGUGGGCUGCCACAGCCGCACUGGAUAACGGUGCCGAUUAUGGAGCUCUCCUGUGCAAGUUCAACAAGAAAGGCAAGAACCCCAACCAAGCCGUCUGUCGGUUCGAAGACCUCGACGGCGAUGUCUGGGACCAUUUCACCAUGAGCACGGACCCCCACGGCUUGGGUCCCGAUGAGGACGACCUGCAGCCAGCCAAGGCGACUGAGUCAACCCAGGCGACUGAGGCAGCCAAACCGACCGCCAAGAAGCAGCACCACAUCGAGAUCCCUAUCCUGAGCCCCGCCGACGCUACCACCGUGAAUCCCGCCACCGGCCAUAUCGUUUGCUCUCCGCACCAAAUGAACUUUGCGGUGGAUGGCACCAACUCUGCCGACAUGUGGCACAUUCUCAGGUUUUCGACCGAGGGCUUCCUGCAGAAGGGCGACCGGAUCGUCGCAGCGCAUCUUCAAGUCAUGGGCGCACACGCUCCCGAGGCCCUUCAUGACGUAUCGACGAGCGCCGGCCCUUAUGCUGCCCAGGACUUGUUCAUGUCGGCUCUGGAUGAUCUGCGAAUGACCAUCACGAGCAUAUCCGACAAGCGCGGCCGUGGAUUUGGACUUCAGAGCUACUGCCAAACACCCGCUGCCAGCCUCCGCCAGGCCGACAUCGACGCCAUGGCUACCGAAGGAACUGUCCGGAGCAACCGUCUCUCCAAAUGGACACGCUCCAAGGUCGAUCGCAUUCAUCGACACGACUCGGUCGAGUGGAUGCAGCCCAAGAACGCGAGCGAGUGGGAGUCUGGCGAGGUCUGGGUCUCGCCCAACCUGCAAUCGCUCGUGCAAGCCCGGCUCGAUGACAUCUGGAGCAAGGCUGUGGCUGGAAUGGAUGACCAUGAGGUCCGCGAUACCAAGCUUUCGCUGAUGCUCACCGGCCGCACCUUCCUCGCGCCCAAGGUUCAGUCCGCUCUGGAAGAGGCAUCAGCGGCACUGAGGUCGAGCGAUUUUGAGAGAGGAGUCUACGGGAUCCAUCGCGAGUUGGGCAGCUGCGUGGCUCCGGCGUUAGUUGUUGUCGUCGAACGUGAAAGUGCUUAGAAACCGCAGAGAUGUGAAGGACAUGCGAGUUGAGGGGCGGGAGAUUGUUGUGGGUCAAGUCAAUGUAUAUAUGAAGUAUGUCUGGCAAGCCAAGACGUGCAAGCCACUCGUUGCAAUACAUCUCUCGCAAGUUUGAUAUUCAAA